AUGCUUCCGAGGAAAAAUGAAUUUUCAAAGAUUGUAACACCUGGCAUUUGGGAUAGAAAGCAAGCUAUAUUAUAUUCAAACUUAAGUAAGGGAGUUGAAAAUGAGUUCAUAGGUCAUACAAGAACUACACCACUUCCUAACCCUAAAUACUAUAAAUUAACUGGCUUCAAUCGUGAGUUUUGGAUAGACAUGUUCUCCACUCAUGACCAUAACUGCCCAGUGUUCUUACCUCCAGACCAUAAGGACUGUCUCUACAUUGAAGCACAACUCUUAAACUCUACAAUUGCUGUAUUGUAA